CAUCUCCAAAAGUUGGGCAGCGUGGCCAGGUGCAGAGCACCAUGGAGAACUUCAUGGAGUCACUGAACAGGCUGAAGGAUGCCCAUGAGAAGGAGGUCCUGGGCCUGCAGAACAAGCUUCUGGAACUGAACUCUGAGAGGUGCCGAGAUGCGCAGAGGGUGGAGGAGCUCUUCGCCAAGAACCACCAGCUGAGGGAGCAGCAGAAGGCGCUGAAGGAGAACCUGCGGGUGCUGGAGAACAGACUGCGGGCCGGCCUGUGCGACCGCUGCAUGGUCACCCAGGAGGUGGCCCGGAAGAGGCAGCUAGAGUUCGAGAGCUCCCACUUGCAGAGCCUGCAGCGCAUCUGUGUCCUAACCAAUGAGAUGACUAAGCUAAAGGAGGAGAACACGGUGUUGAAGGAGGAGGUGAAGCAGCUGCGCGGCCUGGGAGACAGGCCCACAGCCCCGGCCGGGGAGGGUACCUCGGACCCCCCCUCUCCCCUGCUGCUCCCCUCCCCCAGCGGCCAGAAGGCCAUCACCAAGAAGCCACAAGGAGGCCGCGAAGAGGCCGAGGAAGACCAGCCAGGCACAGGUCCUCCAGGAGAAGACAAGUCUGUGGGCUACAGGACAUCUCCAGGGGCCAACCCACCUGAGUCCCGGGCCCCAGACAUGAGCCCCCAGCGCAUCUCCAACCAGCUACAUGCCACUGUCGCUGUGGUGCGGCCUGGGUCUCGGGCCUGCCUGGCAGACCGCAGCCCCACUGACGGGACAGCCCCCCACACCAGGAGCAACCCUUCCAGUCCAGUGUAUGAGCAUAGCCUCCCUCUGGACAGCUUCCUGCGGGCUUCUGGGUCUUCACUCCAGGCCUAUGAGUCCCUGAAGCGCCCCCUUCAGGCCGACCACUUCUGUCUCCUGAACCGCCGCCUGUCCCUGCACCUCCAGAGCCCACACAACAGCCCCCCAGCACCAGCCACAGCCCCCCGCAGCCCCCAGCCCUGGGUCCUGAAGGCAGGGGAGGUCUGGGAGGAGCCCUCGGGCCUGCUGGGCCUACCCAGUGCCCUAGUGGGCAUGCAGGACCCACGGCUAGAGGGGGCACUGCAACUGCUCCUGGCUCCACGGCAGCUGUGCACACGGGCACAGGCCAGCGGUGACACACUAAGGGGCCUGACCCCAGGCGGGGGGACACCGCCCUCCUGGCAUAUCGGCUCAGACUCUGAGAGCCCUGAGCAUGAGGUGCCUAGGGCAGCCCUGACCACCACAGCCCUGCCUGGUGGGCGGCCCCCACAGCCCACAGGUGGCUCAUCACCAACAUGGAAUGAGGCAGUAGCCACUCAAGACUAUGCCCCAGACAAGCCCCUGGACCUCUCAGACCCAAGCCGGAGCAAGGACACCCCCAAGUCUGCCAGCCAACCCGGGUCCCUCAGUCCCAAACUCACCCACCCUCCCAGCCCUGAGCCGCUGACUCUGUCCCAAGCCCUGACCUGCAGUCCCCCCACACUCAGCAAUGGCACUCAAGGAGCCACAGAGCCAGAGCCAGAGAGGCCUCCCACUCCCACGGGUCCCUCACAGCCUCUUCCAGGGCCCCACCUCAGCCUGCUCACUGCCGCUGGGACAAGAUGUGCGGCCAGAGGGAGGUCAAGGCCAGCACCCCACCCACAGAGCCCCAAGGCUGCCACGCCCCCAGAGCCCCGCAAGGCUGGAGUGCAGAGGCCAGAGUCGGGGGAACUGGAGGAGGCUGACACCUCCAACAGUGAGGUGGGCUGGAGCUCUGAAACAGGGGCCAAGCUGAGCACAGCAGGAGAGGAGCACAGGUGCUUUUGUCCGCAAGAACCCCGGCAGGGUCUGCAGCAGAAGAGGAAGCAGGCCUUGGACCUAGCAGGCAGAGCCUCCAAGAAGCCAUGCCGAGGGAGAAGGAAAACCAGGGAGUUCACGAUGGCCACUGAAGGGCCCGACAGCCCCUCACCUGGCAACAGUAGCCCUGAGGAGAACUAGCCAGUCUGGGCUGGUAGCUCUCCCCCAAGCCAGCUAGCCCAUGCCACACCACCGCAGAGGGCCCGCGUCUACAGGGGUCCUGGAAGCUCCACCCUCUCAGAA